AUGGAGCCCGACUUCAUACCCAGAAAGUCCAUCUGUCUGGGCCAACCGCUGCCCCCAAAUGUAGUUAUCCACGACAGCGACCCGGACUUCCGCCCAGGAAUGGAACGCUUGUAUCCCUCGAGUGUCGAGAGCAACAUCCUAGAAGAGUUGGUCAUCCUCAAGACAAAGCUACGGCUACUCAACAACGACGAUUUCUGGUCCUUCGUUUCCGAGCGCAUGGCCGAGAUCCUAGGAGCACAACUCUCUUUCAUCGCUAAACGUAUUCUGGUCGACGAACAAGAUUCUGCCAUUGAGAUGCCGCCUCUUGGAGAGCCUGGAUCCUGUUUGAUGGCAAGUGCAUGGUACUACAACGACGGAAAGGGUCUGCAGGGUGUCGAGAAAGGCUUCAAAUACCAUGCAUACGGCUGCCCUUGUUCCUACAUGCGUCAUGACAAAGUCUUUGUCGUUCCCGAAAAGGUCAGCGAAAUGUUCGCCAACAACCCCAACAAGUUACCUGUCUCCGCCGAAGCUUACAUUGGCAUUCCUCUCUUCGCUGACGGUAAGUGCUUCGCACAUUUCGGUGUCAUCUGGUCUGUCGAGGGUGCCGCCAAGAGAAAACUUUCGUGGGCCUUUAUCGAAAUGUUCCUGCACGGCUUGGAAGAUCUCAUCUUGGAACGCCUGCUUCAAGGCUCGGAAUUCAAAGACAAAGAAACCGCCAGCAGAGAGCCACCCCGUGUCAUCCCCCAUGAAGUCAUUACCGCCGCCCAGUCGUUACAGCCCUAUGCAAAGAGCUUGUCCCAUGAAUUGAGGACACCAAUGCAAGGUGUAGUCGGUAUGCUUGAUGUUAUGUAUGCCACUGUCCAAGAAGCUGCAGAGGGUCAGACGAAUGCAGAAGUUCGUAAAGUAUUCGAAACGCUCAAGGAAAACAUCGAAACCGUUCAAGAUAGCUCGCGUCGUGCUGUCGAGGCCGCCGAUAAUGUCGUACAUGCUUAUGACAUGAACCUGGGCAUUCCUUCUGGGCCGCCCAUCAAUGAGGAUUCGCUGGACGGUUUUCCUGACAUCAGCCACGCUUCCCAUCCAGAAAUUCUUGUUGCCGGAAGCGAUCUACCAAUCUCAAGACCUAAUAAGCGCCGUCGUGAGGAGCCCAAAAACGAGUCAGAAGGAAGUCCGACCAAAAUUCAGGCCACUGCUGCAGCACGUGCAGCCAAAGCCUCGCCCACUGAGGGUAUGAAGUUGGGUGUUCAGGAAGCUGAAGAUCUCCCCGAACAUUCCGCUCGUGCCACAAUGCCUAUGAGUCCUCGACCUAUGAUGGCUUCUCUACAAGGUGACCGCGCCAUCGCUCCGGGUGUUAGGCACACUAACCUUCGUCGGGUGCUGCAAUACGUAGUCAACGAAGGUUUGAAGGUCGGAGGAAGACCAGAGUCCGCGAUUGCUCAAGAAACAUAUCUCGGCGAAAUUAUUGAGGUUUGCACGCGGUCAGCAAAGGGCGAGCCCAGAACGAAACUGAUCGAAUGGUCUGUGGAUACUGCCGUACCAGAAACCAUACUCGCCGACGAGAAAGACCUUGCUAAGCUGAUCUCCUGCGUUUUCCUGAAUGCUACUAAAUUCACCGAGCAAGGCAACAUUACCCUUUUAGCAAAACUGAGCCCAAAAGCUCGAUAUAUCGUCAUCAAGUGUACAGACACAGGUCCUGGCAUCCCUGCAGCAUUCCUUCCUCGCCUCUUCCAGCCAUUCUCACAAGAAGACCCUUCUCUCACGCGUCAAAGUGAAGGUCUGGGUCUCGGUCUUCUUGUGGCUAAAGGUCUAGCGCGGAAGCUCGGUGGAGAUUUAUUCUGCAUUCGCGCGGAUACUACUGGUCCCAGGAGGGGCUCGGAAUUUGAGAUGAGAAUACCUCUCAGGGCCGGUGAUACCACCACUCGCCCACCGUCGCCCUUCGGAACACCAUCACACAACAGAGUGCGCCAGUCAAACUCAAUAGACUCAGAUGGACGCCCCUCUCCUAUGCCCAAUUUCACCGGCUCACAUGUUCGUACUCAAAGCGACAAUUCGACCGCGGACCUGCCAUCUCCAACCGAGAAACCUGCUACCGCUGAACCAUCUGCAGCACCUGCUGUCAGAAGCCCUCCAGCACUGAAGCAUAACCACUCGUUUCCCGUACCAUCGUUCCCACCUAAGCAACCAAGUACGAGUGCUCGCAAGUCAUCGGCAUCGAUCAACGGUAUCGACCGCAAUCUAGCUGCCAAGUACCCGCUGAACUUCCUGGUCGCUGAGGACAACAAGAUCAAUCGCAAGCUUCUUGUUAGUAUGCUCAACAAGUUUGGCUACAAGACAGUGAUCGAAGCCUACGACGGCGCUGAGGCUGUUCGCCAGAUGUCCAAGAACCCCUCGGUUGACGUUGUGCUCAUGGACCUCUGGAUGCCCUUCAUGGACGGGUACGAGGCUACCGAGAAAAUUCUCGCCAUGAGCCAUGGCAAGAAUGGUGUUUGUGGCGGUACACCGACUGUUCUGGCCGUAACAGCAGACGUCACCGAUGGUGCCCUUGAGCGGGCUGCUAAAGUCGGCAUGAAAGGGUUCAUGACCAAGCCAUUCAAGCUCAUGGACCUUCAACGUCUGAUUCUAGAAUACUGCGCUCGCAGCGGCAGUGAGGUCGAAGGUGGAGAGUAA